UGCAAUUAACGUGACCUGCGAUAAAAAGUCCCUAUAAAUAUGUGAUGCAGCUGAUGCAUUGGCACUGGCGAACAUGGCUCGUUUGGUGUUGUGUGUUCUGGCGCUUCUAGUGGCCGGGGGCCACUCGGACCCCGUGAGGAGCAACCUCUCGCAGAAAGCUGCGGACCCAGUGUUCCUGCAACGCCAAUUGGAUUUGAUGGUCUUGUACUUCCACCUUCUUGAACCGAAUCAUCUUGCCUCUUGCCAAGCUAUCGCUAAGUCCUGGAGUCUCGAGAGGAACAUCGAACAUUACAGCAAUGUGACUGCUGUAACUACUUACAUCGAGAUGUUGGAGCACCAGUGGAUACUCCCACGUACGGUACCCUUCUCGCUUCAGCAAGCCGAGCACAGAUUCGAAGCCGUCACCUUAUACAAUGUGCUUAUCUCUGCUAAGGACUACGACACAUUCUACAAGACCGCUGUUUACGUUAGAGAUCUCGUCAACGAGAACCUCUUCGCUUACGUGCUCAGUAUAGCUAUUCUGAACCGCCCUGAUACCCAAGGCAUUUACAUCCCUCGCCUUCCUGAAGUCUUCCCGUCAUACUUCUACAACGGUGAAAUUAUGACAACCGCUCAGAGGAUUAACACCCAUGGCCAAAACAUGGUUGAGCACUACCCUUCAACCUACAAAUGGGACCACAAUGUGGUGAUCAGGUGGAAUGCUACGAUCUGGCCUUACUUAAGAAGCGAAACCAUGCCUCUUGCUUACUUCACUCAUGACUUCAGCCUAAACACCUUCUACUACAACCUCCAUCUUGCCCAACCCAGCUGGCUGCACAGUGAAGUUCUUCCAGUGAACAAACACAGGCGUGGAGAAUGGUUCUGGUUCUUGCACAAGCAGAUCCUCACUCGUUACUACAUGGAGAGACUGUCUAACGGACUCGGUGAAAUCCCCGAGCUUGGCCACGAGAUUGUUCAGUACGGUUACGCUUCAGGUCUUUUGUACCACAAUGGCGUGCCCUUCCCUGCAAGGCCCAACUACCUUAACUUGGAUCAGCCCCAGCUCGUUAAUGAAAUCCAAGAAAUCCUCGACUACGAGCGCCGUAUUCGUGACGCCAUCGACCAGGGUUACGUUGUUAACCACCUUGGUGAACACAUUGACAUCUGCGCUCCUGAGGCUAUCGAAAUCUUGGGUAGCAUUAUUGAGGCUAACGUUGACUCUCCUAAUGCCAAAUACUACAAGGACUUCAUCAGCAUCUGGAAGAAGGUUUUGGGCAACUCUAUUGUUCAAGACAACCAGUACCACAACAACUACGUCCCUCUGGUUGUUCCCUCGGUUUUGGAGCACUACCAGACUGCUUUGCGUGACCCCGCGUUCUACAUGAUCUGGAAGCGUGUGUUGGGACUGUUCCAAAUGUGGCAGGAGAAACUUCCUCUGUACAAGAAAGAAGAACUGGCUCUUCCCCAGGUGGCCAUCCAGAAGGUCGAUGUAGACAAGCUGGUGACAUACUUCGAAUACACUUACUUGAACGUCUCUUCUCACCUGCACAUGAACCAGGAUGAAGUUAAGGGUUACUACGACCAAGUCAGCGUGUUGGUACAGCAACCCGUCUUGAACCACAAGAGGUUCCAAGUUCGCGUGAACGUUAAGAGCGAGGUCGCUAAGACCGUUCUCGUCAAGUUCUUCUUGGCGCCCAAAUAUGACAGCCAAGGCUAUGAGAUCCCUCUUCACAUCAACACCCAGAACUUCAUGCAGCUGGAUGAGUUCACGUAUGACCUUCCUGCGGGCGAAUGCACAAUUACUCGUGAUUCCGUUGACACCUCUGGCAAGAAGUGGGUGUCCGGUAUCGAGAUAUAUGAGGCGGUUGAGAAGGCCGUGCAAGGCAAGGGACAGUACACCAUCGACCCGAACAUGGAGAAACUCGCCGAACAUCUUAUGCUGCCUAAGGGUCGCGUCGGAGGCAUGCCGUUCGUCCUGAUGGUCUACAUCUCAGAAUACCACGCCCCGAAGGUUGCUCCCGAACAAGUCUCGUACCCAGCUUUGUCUCUUGGCCUGUCUCCCGUUAUUCGCCAACUGACCGACGAGCCAUUCGGCUUCCCAGUCAACAGGCCUCUUCACCCAUGGCAGGUGGAGGGAGUCAAGAACUUGUACCUCCAAGAUGUCUUGAUCUACCACAAGCAUACCCCCGAAAUCGAGGUUCCCCACAUGGAAUAAGCGAUUCUCGGGAUGUUAUUGACGCCAGAUUUAGAACAAUGAUACUUCUCCGUGAAUAAGCUACUGAGCUUCUGGAAUGAAGAUAAGAUCCAUAUGUCCUUUAUGAAGCAAGGGCUGAUGAACUAGCUCAAAUUACUUCAAGCUCUUCAAUUUGGCGUCGACAAACAAUUAAUGUUCAUUUAUGUUAUGUUCAUGUAUUAUGUAUUUAUUAGUAUAUGUAUUUAUUGUUGAUGUAUAUCUUCUUAUAUGUGUGUAUUGUAUUAUGUAGUGAAAUAUAGUAUGAUGAUCAAUGAA